CCCUGCCAUGGACAUCAAACCAACCUCGCCACGUCCCCUCCACCCACCAAAUUAAGCAAAUCCAAUCUCCCUCUCCCUGCCCAAAUUCCCUCCUCAUUUCUCUCUGUUCCUGUUGUCUCUCUCGUCCUAACUUCCCCCUUAAACAUCAGCCCCACAACAGUCACUGUAAAAACUCCCCAAACCAGAAGACCCCGCCACCGCCCGUUGGCCUUUCCCUUUCCCUUUCCCUUCCUUCUUCUCGUCCCAUGCGCAGAGCCGAGGGCGGAACGAACCCAUCUCCGGCCGCGCACCGCCCUCCUCCCCGGCAAUGUCGGGCCCGCCCGCUUCCCUAGAGACUUCCUACGCAUCCCCGCCCAUCACCAUCAUCCUCACCGUCAUCCUCCUCGUCUUCUUCUUCGUCGGGUUCUUCUCCAUCUUCUUCUGCCGGUGCUGCUUCGAGAACCUGUGCAGCCCCUGGAGCCUGAGGCAGAGCCCCUCCGCGAACCAGAUGGGCGCCGCGGCCAGGGGGGCCGGUGACGGCCUCGACCCCUCGCUCGUGCAGGCCUUCCCCACCUUCGUGUACUCGGCCAUCAAGGACUUCCGGCAGGAGAAGUGCGGGUUGGAGUGCGCCAUCUGCCUGGCGGAGUUCGAGGACGAGAGCGUCCUCCGCCUCCUGACGGUCUGCUACCACGUGUUUCAUGAGGAGUGCAUCGAUCUCUGGCUCACGUCCCACAAGACGUGCCCCGUCUGCCGGGGGAACCUCGACUUGCCCCUGAGCAAGCUGUCGGAGAUGCGGCCGGUGGUCGCGGUUCCUCAGGAUAAUGCCAUGGGAAGCAUCCGCGAACAUGAGGAGGCUUCUUUUCAGGGCGCGGUCAGCAUCGAUAUCAAGGAAGGCGAGGACGAGGAAUACAGAGGAGGGAGUACCGAUCCUGUCGUCAUUACAGAACAAGAGCAUUGCAAGACCGAGAAGUUCCCGCGGUCGCACUCGACCGGGCAUUCGAUAGCUAGGAAUAAAGUAGACGAGGACAAGUACAUGUUGAAGUUGCGGGACAACGUGAGGGUCCAAAUUCACAGGGGACACACCGGAAGCUGCAUAACUUUCGGGGAAUUCUCCGAUCACGAAGACAUGAUGAGCAACGGUGGAUUCGAUCACGUGCUGGGCCACUCGACGCACCAGCCACAAGAAUGAAAAGUUUUUGGUUUCGAAUUGUAGGGUGUCUUUUCCUGCCUGGUUUCCCUAGUGGAAUUGUCAAAGGCCGAGCGACGUGGAUUGCUCGAGCAUCUGACAUGUUUUGAUUAGGAAUAGGAAGAUAGUACAGAUACGUGCUGCGAAACCUGAAAACAUAGCAGUAGAUCAUCCUGAAGAGCUUCCUCGUUGGGUAGGGGAAUUUUUUCUAAAAAUUUAGCCUCGGAUGAAGCAAUGGCAAUGUGGGAUCAUGACCUGAAGCUCGUUCAUGCAGAAAAUUUGGGCAACCGAUGGGUCGUGCUCGGAACGAUAGUUCCUGAAGUUCAACUUUCAUCAGAUUGAUAUGGGAAAAGGAAAAUUAUUGACGGUUUGAUCUAGGAAGAAAUCGAAAAGACUGGGAUUCUUUGCCUGUACAUGUGCUUGUACCGUUGCCGCUUAUCCCUAUUGUAUACGUAAUGGAGGUUGAAUUAUCUGAAUGUCCAGGGUUUUUUGCGUC